AUGAUACGUGUUGCCUGCAGACGGGCCUGCACCGUCCAACCCUCAGUCUCACUCUGCCAUCGACUACUGGCUACCAACGCGCAACAGCAAAGCCAGGGGAGGCCACAUCGCGUCGCCGUCGAGCGGCCGCCGGAAAGGAAGGUCGAACCAAAAAUAUAUAAAAAGCCAAAGCUUGAGCCCAGAGCCGACUCGAUUAGCCAGGGCCAUGAUCCACGCUCAAGACUGGUCCUAGACAGUGGCAAAAAGUACAAGGGCAGACAUGGCGUCUUUCGGUCCACCGUGCUGCACCGCCUGCAAUUCGUCCUGCAGCAGCAGCUCGACUCGGCGCAGUUCGCGCAGGGCGGCAUCAGCGAGGACGAGCUGCAACGGCAGGGCGCCGCCUUUAUGAACGCCAUUGACGAAGCCUUUUCCCUUGCCGAGCGCAACAUUACCCGGCGCGACAAGAACCCGCUCUUCUGGAACCUGCGCGACGCCUUCAUCCAGAAAGACGUCAAGGGCCUGCAAAAGGAGAUUCAGUACUGCUUCCAGUCGUUUGUCACGCAGCAGCGCUUCUCGCGCGGCGUCGAGGCGAGCCAGGCCGACCUGCUCAACCUGCGCUACCCGCACGAGUGGUUCCCGGCCACGCGCGCCAUGCAGCGCACCAUUCACGUCCACGUCGGCCCGACCAACUCGGGCAAGACGUACACGGCCCUCAAGGCGCUCGAGGCCAGCACGUGCGGCGUCUACGCGGGGCCGCUGCGCCUGCUCGCCGCCGAAGUCUACCACCGGCUGCGCGCCAAGAACCUGCCGUGCGCGCUCAUCACCGGCGAGGAGGUGCGCAUCCCCGAGGACACGGACCGGUACUUUUCCAGCUGCACCGUCGAAAUGAUGCCGCUCAACAAGAGGUUCGACGUGGCCGUCAUUGACGAGAUCCAGAUGAUUGGCAACGCCGAUCGCGGCAGCGCCUGGACUACGGCCUUUCUUGGUGUCCAGGCCAAGGACGUGCACGUCUGCGGCGAGGAGCGCACCGUGGCGCUGAUUGAGAGCCUGUGCGCGACGAUUGGCGACAAGUGCGUCGUGCACCGCUACGAGCGCCUCAGCCCGCUCAAGACCAUGUCGACGGCACUCGAGGGCAGGUACCACCAGCUCGAAAAGGGCGACGCCAUUGUCGCCUUUAGCCGCGUCUCGCUGCACGCCCUCAAGCGGCAGGUCGAGCAGGAGACGGGCCGGCGGUGCGCCAUCAUCUACGGCACGCUGCCGCCCGAGGUGCGCGUGCAGCAGGCCGCGCUCUUCAACGAUCCGGACAACGACUACGACUUUGUCGUCGCCAGCGACGCCAUCGGCAUGGGCCUCAACCUCGAGAUCAAGCGCGUCAUCUUUGAGUCGGUGUACAAGUUUGACGGCUUCCAGCACCGCAUGCUCAGCGUCCCCGAGUUCAAGCAGAUUGGCGGCCGCGCCGGCCGGUACCGCUCCGCCCAGCAGGCGCAGGACGACGCCACGCCAGCGGACAAUGCCGAGCAAAAAGUCGGCUACGUCACCGCCAUGGACCGGCAGGACGUGCGCGCCCUCACCAAGGCGUUUCAGCAAGACGUCGAGGACAUCAAGCACGCGUACAUUCAGCCGCCGCCGAGCGUCGUCGAGCGGUUCGCGUCCUACUUCCCGCCCGACACGCCGCUCUCGUUUCUCCUAAUGCGGAUCAAGGCGGCCGCGACCGUCAGCCCGCACUUUCGGCUCAACAUCAGCAGCUCCGCGCUCGAAAUCGCCGACAUCAUCCAGGACCUGCCGCUGUCCAUCUACGACCGGCUGAGCAUCUGCCACAUGCCCAUCUCCCUGUCCAGCGAGGGCUCCGUGGCCGCGCUCAAGGCCAUGGCGCGCGUCGUCGCCCACAACGAGUCGGGCGACCUGCUGUCCAUCCGGGAGAUCCCGCUCGAGGUGCUCGACCUGCGCCUCACCGAGCUGUCCGGCAAGGAGGCCACCGACUACCUGUACAAACUCGAGUCGCUGCACAUGGCGCUCAACGGCUACAUCUGGCUGUCGUACCGCUUCACCGGCCUGUUUCGCAGCAUCGAGCUCGCGUUCCACGCCCGCACGCUCGUCGAGGAGAAGCUCAUUGACUCGCUCGAGAAGCUCAACUUUACCGACGAGCAGCUGCUCUCGCUGCGGCAGCGGAAGAGGCGGCAGGCCAAGGCGGCCCGGCUGCGGGACAGGGUUGCGGCCGAAGCGGAUAUUGAUGCGGGCAACGAUAGCGCCGUGUUGGGGAUUUCGUCGUCUGACGAUGUCAAGCAGCGGGGCGAGGUGACGGCAUAA